AAAAAAAAAAAAAAAAAGAGAAUUCAAUCGAAUCUUAGCCUCCUGAAUCUGCGCUGUUUAUAAAUACAGUGCCCCUCUUUGUUUCUCCGUCCAUUCUCUGUUUUCUCUCUUGCAAAUGAUAGAGAUAAACAUACAGAGAAUUCAACGCUCCUCAUACCCAACUGAUUGACUAUGGAACUCAGCUUAGAUUUGUCCUUGGACUUUGUACCCAAAACCAUACCUGAAAUUCUCCUCGAACUUUCAUCCAUCUCCGAUUCCUUUACUAAACAGUCCAAGCUCGAUGAUUAUGUCAAAAGGUUGGAGGAUGAAAUGAGGAAGAUUGAUGCUUUCAAACGGGAGCUUCCUCUCUGUGUUCUUCUCUUGCAAGAUGCAAUUUUGAGAUUGAAAGAGGAGGUGUUGCAGUUUCAGUCGUUGAAGGAUCAGCCGGUGAUUGAAAAGUUCAUCCCAUUGAAGGGAAGUUCCGAGGAAGCCGAUGGGGAGAGCGAGGAGAGGGAGAAGAAGAGGUGGUUGAGUUCAACUCAGUUGUGGAACACGAAUUUCAAUUUUGAUGACGAUAUUCCAAAUCCAAAAUCGAAUAUGAACUUGAAUGGGGAUGAAGACGAUCGGUCUGUGCCGCAGACCCCAAUCGAGCACUGGGAUUGUGCAAAAAGACGAAGAGCAUUCGAGUUGUUCAAAGAUCAAAACAAUUUUGUAAAAGGCGCAACAAAAGAAGAUGUGGCGUUCUCAGAAGUCCCUAAACUUACUCUAAUGACCCCAAUCUCCGAUCCCUUUUCGGGUAAUUUGACCCUCAAGAACGGCACCGCCCGUGGAAGCAGCGCUUCUGUUCCUGGGUUGUCUUCGCCGGCGGCGCAAAUCACGGGGCACGCAAAAUUGUCCCAACACCAACAGACCAUAAGGAAACAGAGACGAUGCUGGUCGCCGGAGCUCCACCGGCGUUUCGUCGACGCACUACAUCGACUCGGCGGAUCUCAAGUGGCAACACCGAAACAGAUAAGGGAACUGAUGCAAGUGGAUGGGCUCACCAACGACGAAGUGAAAAGCCAUUUACAAAAAUACAGGCUUCACGUUCGAAAGUUGGGCCCGACGGAAGGUUCAGGAGGCGGGGGGUGGAUGGCGGAAGCACACCAGGGGGAUCACCACUCAAAGACAAGUGCGACACAUGCGGGAUCUCCAGAUGGACCACUCCAGGGCGGAGGGUCUGGAAAAGCACUGUCCAUAACGGAAGGGGAGAGUAUGGAAGGGGAAGAAGAUGCGAAAUCGGAGGGGCAUAGUUGGAAGGGAAGGAUUCAGAAAGUUGGAGACUGAAGAAAGAAAAAGGGUGCAUUGAGUUCCGACAAGUUUUGCAGAGAAACGGAUACAAAAUGGGGAAUCUGAAAUUUCUGAUUUUGUAGACACAGAAGAAUAAGGUAUAUUGUAAGUUGUUCGUGUUUUGUUUGUUAAUUAAUGUGUACAAGUAAGUAGUAGUGUUGGAUGAAGAGGAUGUUGCUUUUGAAAACUGAUCUUUUUGAAGGGGAAGUUUUUGUAACUUUGUCGGUGGGAUCGACGAAUACCCUCUGAUCAAUGCAUUCUUCUUCUUCUUCCUCU